UCGCAGUGAGUCAGAUGAGCCACCUGCAACUAUCUCACCAACAGACGGGCAGGCGGCACUGCCGCGGCAGUGUGGCCAAGGACGCGGAAUUAGUAAGACGUGCCGUACUUCGCUCCGAAACACCUUGCCUGCUGCCGCUGCGGGUCCGCGUCGCCUCAGCCUCCACUGUUCCUACGCACGAAACGCCUCCAACAUGCAACUCCGCGGCACUGCGCUUCUCCUGGGCCACUAGUGAAGUGCGUUCAAGCCUGAAGGGAGUUCUGUACGCAUGCAACACAUGCACACAUGCCACGAUAACACGUAAUGUGCAAAAGGAAAAACGAGACUAGCAAGCAAACCAGUAACGCUCUAUGCUUUGUGUACCAGUGACGCCACAGCAGCCUGCACGGCACCUGAGAGGGACAAGCAUACUGACAGAGGCAGGUGUUGCGAGGACGUCACGUCCGUAAGUCUCUUCUGGGCAGCUGACUGCCUCGCCAUUGUCUUCCUUGGUGUGUGGAAGGUAGCGACGAAACACGAGGGAAACUGUUGUGCCGCCGCUAUGAAGUUCUUGUUUAGAAAGAAAUGGAAGCAGAACAAGACGCUGGCGGAGAUGCUGCCUUGGGUGGCCAUACAGAGUGAUCUCCUGGAGGCGACGCGCGGGGGCAGCCGCAGCAACAGUCCGGACCCCGAGGAGGGCGGGGCGGGGGAGAGCCGGUGUCCACGGGCGUGCCUGUUGAGGCUGCUGCAACUUGCCCUCCUGUUGGCGCUGAUGGCUGCGGCAGCAAACUUCCUGGCCGCCUGUCUCGCCUCAAUGUUGGCGACUACGCCCGUGCCAUGCCGACGCCCACUACUGUCGCCAGUGCCUGAGAACAGACUCCCACGCACCACCCCGGCUGCCCUCAUCGACCUGCACGACUUCCACCUGCUGCACGAGGCGGAGGGCGUGUGUGCUUCCGCGCGACUGUUUUUUGUAUUCUUGGUGCACUCAAAGCCAGACCACUUCCGGCAACGGCAGGCCAUCCGCGCCACAUGGGGCGGCGUGCGCGACUUGGGCGAUGAUUGGGGCGCCCGCACCGUUUUCCUGCUGGGGCGAGGCAGCGGCGGCGGAGGCAAUGAAGGAAAAGGCGCGGCGCCCAACAGUGCCGAGUUGGAUAUAGAAGGCGUGGUGUCGCGGGAGGCGGCGAGCUACGGGGACCUGGUGGUGGGGUCUUUCCUGGACCAUUACCACAACCUGACCUACAAGCACGUAAUGGCUCUGCGCUGGGCGGCGGCACGCUGUCCACACGCUACUUUUCUCGUCAAAGCUGACGACGACGCCUUUAUUGAUGUCCCGGCGCUGCGGGGGCUGCUCAGCCGCACCUUCAGUAUGCCGCCGCCGCGCCUCACGUUGGCGUGCAACGUGCUGCCGGCGGGCAUGCAGCCUCAGCGGGAGGGCAAGUGGGCGGUGAGCCACGAAGACUAUCCAUGGUCAGAAUAUCCCACUUACUGCGCUGGCCUCGCUUACGUGAUCACGCCUGCGCUGGCUGACCAGUUAGCACGAGUGGCGCAGGCAGGCGUGGCGCCACAGCUGUGGGUAGAUGACGUAUGGGUGACGGGACUCCUGGCCGAGGUGCUGCGCCUCAGACCGCAUUACCUCAACCUGCGCUACUCUUACGAGCACGACGAGCUUGUGGCGUGGGCUGCCCGUGCCCGCCCCACAGCUCCACCACCAUACACCUUCGUGCACUUGGACCCCAGCCGCCCCGACUGGCGCUUCACCCUCGACAAACUAUGGACCCACGCCCUUGCUGCUCAUCACGCAGCCCAGGCAAACCAGCUAGGAUACACGUAGCCGCUGCGGGGGCUCUCGGCGAUCACUGAGGAGUGAGCACGUGACGCUCGGGGAUGCUGCCGCGCCACCACACGAACGUGAUGAGACUCAAGUCAUGAGACAUCAGAGAGGACCCGCGUUACCUGGGGCAAGUAGGGCCUCUUUCCACACCGGUGAGGCGAGGGCACUGAAGACUGGAAGUUACGGGACACAAACCUCGUACCACAGUACUCUGAGGUUUCACCGAAACUACUGGUCUGAUGCAAUGAUCCGGGGACAAGGCUUACGCAGCAGUCUCUAUCACUACAACAUCAACUCUGCUGGCCACGACGAGAAGACUAACAUCACAUCUCGCUAACGGCAACCCCUACUGGAGACCCUGAUCACUGGCAGAGAGAGAGAGAGAGAGAGAGAGAGAGAGAGAGA